AUGGCUAGUCCAAGGACGCGACGUGUUAUUCAAGACAUUCGAGCUGUUCCUGGAAAUAACAUCUGCUUUGAAUGUGGCGCUAGUAAUCCUCAAUGGGCCAGUGUAACGUAUGGGAUUUGGUUAUGUUUGGACUGUUCUGGUUUGCAUCGUGGUUUAGGUGUACACGUCAGUUUUGUGCGAUCCACAACAAUGGAUAAGUGGAAGGAUAAUGAGCUGAACAAAAUGAAAGUUGGAGGCAAUACAAAAGCAUUAGAAUUUUUAAAAAGUCAAUCAGAUUAUCGAUCAAACUGGUCUCUUCGAGAAAAAUAUAAUUCAAGAGCUGCUGCUCUUUUAAGAGAUAAGGUGUUAACAGAAUCAGAAGGCCGUGAAUGGUCAGCUGAAACGUCACCAGCGAAAAAUUAUACUCCGAACAAUUCGUUAAAUCCAUCCCAUUCCCAAAUCAGUGGAAACAGCAGUUCAAAUAGUUUAUCAGCUUAUUAUGGAGGAAACACAACUCAGAUUGGAAAUGAUUCAUAUCAUUCUGAUUAUAAUAAUUCUGGAAGUCGCUAUCAAGGUUUUGGCAACGUAUUGAUGAAUAAUACCGAUUCAUCCAAUGAAUUGCUGUCUGGUGCUUUGUCAUCUCUUUCUGUAGGUUGGAAUAUGCUAAGUAAGGGGGCUACAACCGCUGCUAUGUAUGCCAAAGAUAUCAGCUCACAAGCAACAGCUAAAGCUACUGAACUCAGUGGAAGCGUUCGAGAUGGGUCAUUAUUAAAUAAACCAGCUUUGGGAAAUUUAGCGCAGAAAGCCACCGAAAUAGGGUCCAGAUCAUGGAUGGGAAUAUCAAAUUUUAUCAAAAGUCCAUCUCUACAAGGUUUCGUUGUACCAGGAAAAAGCGAUUAUGAAGACUUAGCUACACCAGAAAAUCAAGAGAGUAGAUUAUUUGAGGAACAAUCAAGCAAUUACCAAACAUGCAAAAAUAAUUCAGUUCAAUGUAACUCUCCAAAACCUUCAGUCUUAUCUGAUUUUUUCAAUUACGGCAGUUCAGUUCAAUUAAAUUCGGCAACAGAUCUGAAACAAUCUAGCAACAAAACAUCAACAAGAGCGAAAAGAGAAAAAACGCCCCCACUAAUUGAUUUCUCUUUGGAUGAUAAUAAAAUGGCUCGCGUGCAGGAAAAUCCAACCACAAUAGGCAGCAAGAAAGCAGAGUCAAAAAAGGAUUGGGACGAUGAUGCAUGGGAAUUGUUAAAUCAAUAA